AUGAGCGCGCAGGACCCAUUCGUGGCACCAGCAGACUUGGUACGCUAUGAUGUUUCUCUGAUUCGUUUAGACUUGGCACGCUAUGAUCUUUCUCUGGUUUGUUUAGACUUGGUACGCUAUGAUGUUUCUCUGGUUUGUUUAGACUUGGUACGCUAUGAUCUUGCUCUGGUUUAUUUAGACUUGGCACGCUAUGAUCUUGCUCUGGUUUGUUUAGACUUGGUACGCUAUGAUGUUUCUCUGGUUUGUUUAGACUUGGUACGCUAUGAUGUUUCUCUGAUUCGUUUAGACUUGGCACGCUAUGAUCUUUCUCUGGUUUGUUUAGACUUGGUACGCUAUGAUCUUGCUCUGGUUUGUUUAGACUUGGCACGCUAUGAUCUUGCUCUGGUUUGUUUAGACUUGGUACGCUAUGAUGUUUCUCUGGUUUGUUUAGACUUGGUACGCUAUGAUGUUUCUCUGAUUCGUUUAGACUUGGCACGUGGCCCUUGUAAUUAUUCUGGUUUGUUAUAA